AUGGCUCACUACAACCAGCACGCUGGCGAUCACGAGGAGGAGGAUCUCUCCUACAACUCAGCAUAUUCCCCUAUUACUAAUGAAUUGGUAAAUCAUCCCUGCGCAACCUUUACGGAUUGCAACGAGUAUCCGGAAGCUCUACACCACACGCACGAUUCCGAGUCUAGUGUCCCUCUCCCAGCCGUCCCAAUUGAUCCUUCGUUGGGAAGCGCCGUUUUACUGUCGGGAGUACAGGAGGGAAGCCCAGAAGCCCUCUGCAACGACGACCAGGCCAUGCUAGGCCAACAGCAAAUUACCGAGAGUACUAACGAGUCGUUCUUCGAUGGAAAUCCGUCAGUUUACCAGUAUGGCGAUUUUGCUAACAAUUUUCCUCACCUACCGCAACACUCCGCCCCUGUAAACUCCCAUCAGCAAAUAACUACACAAUGGAACGCCGACGACUACGAAAUCCCUACCACUCAUAACCCCCAGCCCUUCUAUGACCACUACUACGACCACCGUGUCGGCCAUUGGGGUUCCCUUGAGGGUUACCCAACCGCCUACGACUACCCCCAGCCCCACGGACGACAGCAGACCGACCCCGGUACCAAUGACUUUGUACCUAAAUGGGGAUUCCAUCCCGGCUUCGAUGGGAAUGCAAAUUCGCAUGUAGCGGACGGUUCUUUCCGCAUCGCUAGUAAUAAUCACGAGUCGACCACUUCAUCGAACCAGGAGAGCUUCCAAUCGCAAUGGAACUUCGUCUCCGAUGAUCAGUACGGUACCCAAACUCCCGCCAACCCCGGAGUUUCUGUUACGGCUAUCCACUUUGCCAAUCUCCCUCCUGUACAUCAGGCAACCGAGACCGCACAACCACAGCCCCCGCAGCAGCAGCGGCCUCUCCACAAGUGUCGUCGUUGCUCCAUGGAAUUCGUCCAUGUCGUUGAUCGGAAUAAUCACCUCCUAGACGUACACAAGGAGAACCACCGACGCCAGAAAUCGAAAGAGGGGGGCAAGUUCAAAUGCCCCUAUUGCGACCAACCUGCGUACAAGGCCAAAGCCGGGCUUACCCGACACAUCAGAGACAAACACGAUCCCAACUCGCAUUACCGUCUCCAAGCCGCGAUUUUAGACGAGAAAGUGGCUUGCCAUCUGUGUGGAGAUAAGUUCGAAUCUUAUAGAGCACGUCAAAACCAUAUUUCUAAAGAUCACAAUGCUGGUGCGAAGGAGCCGAAGAAGGGACAGGGCAAAAAGUAA